UUAACCUACCAACCAGUACGUCUUUGAACUGUGGGAGCAAACCCACACAGACACAGGAAGAACACAAAACUCCUUGCAGGCAGCAGCAGCGAAUGAACCUGCGUCAUCUGUACCGUAAAGCAUUGUGCUAACCUUCAUGCUGCUGUGCCUCCCCUUUUUUUCCAAAAUAGAAGCAGGAAGCUCAGCAGCAUUCUUAAUACCUGUGUGAUGUUGUUCAACGUUUCAGUGAAGCUGCAGUACAUACCUGUGAUUAAGGAGCAGUGGCAGCCCCUUUGGUGAAGCCCAUGCCUUUUGAAGAGGAAUACAUCACCGAGAUUGCAGAAAUAGACUACCCGGAGGAGAGGAUUGAAGCUUACACAAACGGAGGCAUGGUGGAGUACAUCAGAGAGAAGCGAGCAGCAGAGCAUGCCGUGAUGUUCCGUCCCAUCAAGGAAUACGUCAGUACCAUACUCUUCCCGGUGUUGGAUGAAGAAGGGGUGAUUGAAGUAAUCCGAGACAAGAGGGAAGCUGCAAAACCAGCAGCCAAGUACGUGUCACUUAGUGAGCCAAGCAACGCAACUCAUCGUCCUGUCAGGAAGGCCUACAUGCAGGCAAAACGGAACCGCCGUGCAGAACCCAAUCCGUCCAGUCGCCCGUACUUGAAGGAAUACAUCACUGCCCAGCCUUAUCAAACCAGAAAGCACAUUAUAGAGGAAGAUAUUGUCACUACAGUCACUUAUCCUGUGGUCUAUGAACCAGGGUUCGUCAUCAGACAAAAGCGUGCAGCAGAGGCUGGAUUUUUCCACCAGUGCUUAGCCAAGCUGCUGGGGGUGGCAGUGGGAGUCGCCGUGGUCGCUGCCCUCAUUUACUACUAUUGGUACCGCAAGCUCAAGAAGGCCAAAGAGCAGGGUGAUGAGGGAAAUGUGCACACUGACCGCAAACCCUACAAUAAGAAGCGAAGCUCUUACCGUAACAUGAGGGACAGUGACCAGGGGGACAACUAUGCCUACCAGUCUAGCCCAGAUUAAAGAUAAAGUUGCACAUGUGUCCCAUCAGGAACCUGCGGAGCGUCAAUGCUAACAUUUCGGAAAGAAUAUUUAACGACAGAUAAAUAAAGAUAGUUCAGAC